AUGGAGACCAAUUCGCGGCUGAUUGGCGGGCGCCUCGGUCGUUCCUCCGACAUUGCUGGACAGCCGACCGCGGCCGAUAUCUCGCUAGCACAGCAGAUGGCGUCUGCGCACGUGCUCCUCGGCCCGUGCGCGAUGUGGCUGUUCCCAUGCUGCUGGCCGCAAGCGUGCGUCUGCACGCCAAUCACCGCCGUCCUCGCCUACUGGCAGUGCAAUACCCACCUCAAGACGCUGUGCAUCCGCGAGAACAGCGGGACGCAGUGCAACGCAAAGGGGUGCCUCACCUUUCCCUCGUCGGCGUCAAUCACGCACGGCGAGUGGUCCACCGCGCGGGCGGGCGGGUACCACACUUACCUUUGCCCUGCAGCAGGGGCGUUUGGCGGCGACCCCACAGCAGGGCCGUGCGACUCCUGCCUGCCGAGCGGGUGGAGAGCGGCGGGCGUGGCGCUCGACGUGGGCGCGGUCCCCUUCGCCCACCUCGGUGGGAGCAAGCGCAGGCCCAACACGGUCGCGUUUAUACUCACCGCUGGCAUGCAAGCGACGCAGGCCCUCGAGCGCAUUCUCGACGAUGUUGCGAAGGCCCUGGAGCGCUGCCCCCCGGUGUGCCAGCCGCAAAUGGCGGUCACGGUGCCGGCGGGUGUCGGGCCGGGCGACGCCUUCGUCGUCAUCGGGCCGAGCGGUGAGCAGAUUAUGGUCAGCUGCCCGCACGAGAGCAAGGCUGGGGAAGAGAUCCUCGUCAUGGUGCCCAACGCGAGCGCUGCAGUCGCCCCCACUCCGGCGGUGAUGGUGACGGCCGCCCCGAUUGUGGUCGAGGGAGAGGCGGUGACGCCGGUGGGCUAG